AUGGAAAAAUAUGAGAUAAUUAAAGAUAUUGGAUCAGGAAACUUUGGUGUUGCAAAGCUUGUAAGAGAAAAAUGGAGUGGAGAGUUAUAUGCUGUUAAGUUCAUUGAAAGAGGCUUCAAGAUUGAUGAACACGUGCAAAGGGAGAUUAUAAAUCACAGGUCCUUGAAACAUCCCAAUAUUGUUAGAUUUAAAGAGGUGUUGAUUACUUCAACUCAUUUAGCAAUAGUGAUGGAAUAUGCUGCUGGGGGUGAACUGUUUGAAAGAAUAUGUAGUGCUGGUAGAUUCAGUGAGGACGAGGCAAGAUAUUUCUUCCAGCAGUUGAUUUCUGGAGUUAGCUAUUGCCAUUCAAUGGAAAUUUGCCAUAGAGAUCUUAAGCUCGAAAACACACUUCUAGAUGGAAGCUCGGCACCGCGGCUCAAAAUAUGCGACUUUGGUUACUCGAAGUCAUCUGUUCUGCACUCCCAACCAAAAUCAACUGUCGGAACCCCGGCUUAUAUCGCACCAGAGGUCUUAUCAAGAAGAGAAUAUGAUGGAAAGAUUGCAGAUGUUUGGUCUUGUGGGGUGACUUUGUAUGUGAUGCUUGUUGGUGCUUAUCCUUUUGAAGAUCCAGAAGACCCAAGAAACUUCAGAAAAACACUUCAGCGAAUUCUUAGCGUCCACUAUUCUAUUCCAGACUAUGUCCGCAUCAGUCAAGAGUGCAGACAUCUUUUAUCAAUAAUAUUUGUCGCCAACCCCGAGAAGAGAAUUACCAUACCAGAGAUUAAAAUGCACCCAUGGUUCCUAAAAAACUUACCGCUAGAAUUCGCAGAGGGUGAAAAUAAUUUACAGACCAAUGAAAACAAUUCAUCAUCACAAAGCAUAGAAGAAACACUGUCCAUAAUUCAAGAAGCUAGAAAAGCAGGUGAUGGUCCAAAAGUGGGUGAGCAGUUUGUUGGGGGCAGUAUGGAUCUUGAUGAUUUAGAUGCAGAUGCUGACAUAGAUGACAUCGAAACUAGUGGUGAUUUUGUUUGUGCUUUAUGA